UUAUGGUUCUGUCAAAAAAAUUUGUUUUAGCUAAACACUUUGUUGGCAAACCGUCCAGUGAUGAUAUCAAGCUGGUAACAGAAGAGUUGCCCGAUGAAGUUAAUGAUGAAGAAGUUCUAUGUGAAGCAGUCUGGCUGUCUGUUGAUCCUUACAUGCGUAUCAACGUUGGUAGUCUGUCAGAAGGAGAUGUGAUGAUGGGAGAACAGGUAGCAAGGGUUAUUGCGAGCAAGAAUCCAAAAUUCCCUGAAGGCACACAUGUGAUGGCACAUUUCGGUUGGAAGAGUCACACAUUAGUGAAAGAUGUCUCAGUUCUGAGGAAAGUUCCAGACAUUGAAGACUUACCAUUGUCUCUCACUCUAGGAUCCUUGGGAAUGCCUGGGUUAACAGCAUAUUUUGGAUUCCUUGAGAAAAGUCAACCAAAAUCUGGAGAAACUGUAUUGGUUAAUACUGCUGCUGGGGCUGUCGGAAGUAUUGUGGGACAAAUUGCCAAAAUCAAGGGUUGUAAAGUGGUGGCAUUUGCUGGCACUGAGGAGAAAUGUUCCUGGCUUAAGAAUGAACUGGGCUUUGAUCAAGUCUUCAACUACAAGAAUAUUGAUUUGGACAAAGUAUUAUCAUCAUCUGUUCCUGACGGUAUUGACUGUUAUUUUGACAAUGUUGGUGGUCACUUCUCAUCAGUUGUCUUAAAUCACAUGAAUACCCAAGGCCGUGUAUGCAUUUGUGGUUGCCUAUCUGAAUAUAAUGUUCCAGCAGAAAACACUCUAAAGGGUCCCUAUCCUUUCAAAAGGAUUUUGUUUAAAGAACUCUCCAUAUUUGGUUUCAUAGUAUGGAAGUGCAUGCAACGAGCUGAUGAAGGAAGAAAGCAACUUCUGGAAUGGAUUAAAAGUGGAAAAUUGAUCUACAAAGAGACCAUCACAGAAGGUUUUGAGAACAUGCCAAAAGCUUUCCUUGGAUUGUUUGAAGGUAGCAAUGUUGGGAAAGCCAUUGUCAAAGCAUAAACGUCAAGCUUGAGAAAGAUUUGAUUUUAUUCAAUCUAUUUUUAUAGUGGAAUGGUUAUCAGUUGUAAUGACUCUUAUGUACAGUCAGUAAUUAGUUUUAUGUAUUUAGGUAGAUGUGUAGUGAAUCUGAGCAGAAUUUGAACAUGAAAUUAAAUGCAUCUGAUAAGAUUUAUUAAUA